AUGAAUACCAGCGCUCUCACAGAGGUUGAAGAUAGCAGCGCUCUGCUCAGCAGGCUGCAGCAGUUGCAGUGUCACUUCACCUGGGAUCUGAAGCUGGACGUGUCCCCGAAAAAACUGAUCACCCGAACAGAGAUUGACAUAGAGUUUCAUCAGAGUCCGUGUAAAGGAGCAGGUUGCUUCUACAGCCUCUUGGCUUAUUUCAGGUAUCUUCAGGAUCAACGAGAGGAAGCGCUGUCACUUUUAAACCAAUCAGAGGAGACCAUCAAGGAGAGUUACGGUGAUGAGAGUGAGAAGCGGCUCAUUGUGACGUAUGGAGACAUGGCCUGGCUGAAAUAUCGUGAUGGAGACUUUGCACAUGGGUUUUAG